AUGCAAAACCAGCUCCGAACACAUGUCUCAUUUUCUACCACCGGAGAGCCGUAUUCUGAUCCAACUCACUACCGUUCUAUUAUCGGUGCCUUGCAAUACUUAGCAAUCACCCGACCUGACAUCUCUUAUGUUGUCAAUCAAGUGAGUCAAUUUCUUGACAAGCCAACGGUUCAUCAUUUUCAGGAGGUGAAACAUAUUCUUCGAUACAUUAAAGGCACAUUGACUUUUGGUCUCACUUUUUCUAAGCCAUCCAUGCCAUCUCUACUUGGUUAUUCAGAUGCUGACUGGGCUCGAUGUCAUGAGACUCGGCGCUCCACAUAUGGCUACUUGAUCUUUUUUGGUGGUAAUCUUGUCUCUUGGAGUGCAAAGAAGCAAUCCACAGUGUCUCGGUCUAGUUGUGAAUCUGAAUAUCGUGCAAUGGCUAAUACAGCAGCUGAAAUUAUUUGGAUCACGCACCACACUCUUUGUGAAUUACAUGCACUACCUCCAACGCGGCCAACCAUUUUAUGUGACGAUCAUAGUGCGUUUUUUCUCACUCAAAACCCAAUUUCACAUAAGAGGGUCAAGCAUAUUGAGUUGGAUUAUCAUUUUAUACGUGAGCUUGUUGCUUCGAGGAAGCUUCACACUCGCUUCAUUCCUACCAAGCUUCAAGUGGCGGACAUAUUUAUGAAGAGUCUUCCUAAACCCCAGUUUGAGUUUUUCUGUAGUCUACUUCAUCUUGGACCACCGCCAUCUCGCUUGCGGGGGGAUAUUAAUUCACCACUUCAUUGA